AUGUUCCGUCAAAUCUCGGUACACGAAGAUGACCGUAAAUAUCAAAAAAUCUUAUGGAGAUCGUCUUCGGACUUCCCAAUUCAGGAAUUCGCGCUAGCAACCGUCACUUACGGUACUACCAGCGCUCCAUACUUAGCAAUGAGAGUGCUGCGACAGCUUGCCGACGACGAGGGUCAUGCCUCACCUUUAGCAGCAUCGAUCUUAAGGGACAUGAUCUUCGUGGACGAUGUAUUGUUCGGUGCCCACGACCUUUCCGAAGUACGCGAAAUUCGGAAUCAAUUGGUGGCCCUGCUACGCAAAGGCGGUUUUAACUUGAGAAAAUGGACUAGUAAUGCUCCAGAAUUACUCAACGAUAUCGAACCUACCAAUCAUGGCUUGGCACUCGAAAAGGCAUUCGACCAUAACGAAAGUGUACGUAUUUUAGGUUUAGCUUGGAGUCCGGGAGCGGACGUAUAUCGAUUUUCUGUGAUACAGGAGGAGUAUCCUGUCGUCUCGAAGAGAGUAGUCCUCUCAAUAAUCUCUCGACUUUUUGACCCGUUGGGUUGGCUCGCCCCCGUAGUUAUAGUCGCGAAAGUCUUCAUGCAAUCCCUUUGGAAGGAACCAUUGGAAUGGGAUACCGACCUUCCCCUGCCCUUGAGAACGACGUGGGAUAGGUUCUAUGCUUCACUCCCAUUCCUUACCCAGAUCGAAAUCCCUCGGUGGAUCGGUCUCGCUCCAGGCGUCGUUAAGGUAGAAUUGCACGGAUUUUCCGAUGCUUCCUCAUCGGCAUAUGCAGCCGUAGUAUAUGCAAGAAUCGAAGACGAGACCGGAAGAGUCACCGUUAGCUUACUAUCUAGCAAAACUAAGGUUGCUCCAAUAAAACAGCUGACGACACCGCGGUUGGAGCUCAACGGUGCUUGCUUACUUGCUCGACUCACGGCGUCCUUGAGUUCCACUCCAGAAUUUGCCUCCGCGGCGCGAUAUAGCUGGACCGAUGCCACCAUUGUCAUUGCCUGGUUAGGGCAGCAAUCUUCUCAUUGGCGAACUUUCGUGGGAAACCGAGUCUCCGAAAUUCACACCUUAUUACCCGAAGUCUCGUGGCGUCACGUGCCUGGCCCCGAAAAUCCUGACGAUCUGGCAUCUCGUGGCCUGCCUCCUCAAGAGAUCAUCUCAGAGCAGCUUUGGUGGCACGGCCCUCCUUGGCUUAGCCAGAGUGUUUCGAAUUGGCCAACGUUUAUUCCUUCGUUAUCAGAGACGGAUUCAUUAGAGGAGAAAACGGUUAGCGCCCGGGUGCAUCUCGCUGCGACAAAUGAGGGUGAUAUAGCGAGCAGAUUCUCGUCUUGGCCAAGACUUUUGAGGGUUACCGUCUACAUAUUUCGAUGGUUAGAUCGCUACAGGCGGGGGCCAGCUACUUCCCACACUCUGACACUAAAUGAGAAGGAAAUUGAGCACGCCAAACGGCGGUGGAUCUCGUUGCUGCAGACACGGCAAUUCCCUAAGGAGAUUCACACACUUAGAAGUAUAGAACCUAUUAAAGACGGGACUCAUCAUUUGUGUCUAGGAGUCGAGUUGCACCGCGAGAGUCCUUUGCGACGCUUAAACCCCUUCCUGGACGCAGACGGACUCUUGAGGGUUGGAGGACGUUUGGGUAACAGUACAUUCGAUGAAAAUAGAAAACAUCCGUAUAUUUUGCGAAACGACCAGUUAACGCGAUUAAUUGUAUUGGAGGCCCACAAACGUUGUCUCCAUGGCGGGAUUAUGAUGACUUUGGCAACGCUUCGUAACAAUUUUUGGAUGUUGCAGGCAAGAAAACUCGUCAGAUCGGUCAUCUAUCGUUGUGUCACGUGUGCAAGGAUCAGGGCCGAGUUACCGUCUCAAAUUAUGAGCGCGUUGCCCGAAUGUCGUGUAUCGCUCCCGGCUCGUCCGUUUAUAAAUUGCGGAAUCGACUACGCGGGCCCAAUUUCGGUUCGCGUGGUGGGCGGUCGUGGAAUCCGUUCGCAUAAGGCGUACGUGGCGGUUUUCGUGUGCAUGGCCAUAAAGGCGGUCCACCAAGAGCUUGUAUGUGAUUACUCGACAGCUGCCUUUCUUGCAGCUUUUUAUAGAUUCUGCUCUAGGAGAGGUCUGCCACGGGCUUUGUACAAUGAUAGAGGAACGAAUUUCAAGGGUGCGGACGAGAAACUGCGCAAUGCGUACGUGGGUGCCCUUGCUCCCUCCGACUAA